UCAUACUAACGAAACGCCGUGCGCUUUUUCCCUCAGUGUUUGUGAAGCGCGAGGCGACAAAACCGAAUGCAACUUCAAAUCCAGGAGCAUUUAAGUGCCGUGCUGUGAUUGGACCUGAAAGUGCGGUGGACCCUAGUGGAGACGAGAGCUCACGGAGGGACCUUCCCCACAGACUAUAUGAAGGGAGGGGAGGGGGAGGGGGGGCUGCUGACGUUACUCCCAGCUUGCAGAACACACAGAUCACCUCUAUGAUUGAUGAGGAUAUGUGAGUGAAUUUGCCAAAACACUGAACAAAGAAAUCUCCUGCAUCCUCUGAGAGAAGAAAUUUAAUGGCUUCCAGAUAGAGAGAAAGAGGCAGCAGUCAAUAUGAACACAAUUCCUUCGAUGGACAGGCACAUACAGCAGACCAAUGACAGGCUGCUGUGCAUCAAACAGCACUUACAGAAUCCGGCCAAUUUCCAGACGGCGGCCACAGAGCUACUGGACUGGUGCGGAGAUCCACGAGCCUUCCAGCGGCCCUUUGAGCAAAGCCUGAUGGGAUGUUUGACGGUUGUAAGCCGUGUCGCAGCACAGCAAGGUUUCGACUUGGAUCUCGGUUAUCGGCUCCUGGCUGUGUGUGCAGCCAACCGUGACAAGUUCACCCCAAAGUCUGCAGAAACCAGCACCUGCAGGAGAUGUCAGAGUGACACAGCUCUCCUGUCAUCCUGGUGCGAGGAGCUGGGGCGACUGCUCUUGUUGCGGCACCAGAAGAAUCGUCAGAGCGAUCCACAGGGCAAAGUGCCCUUACAGCCGCCCAUGAACUCCAUGAAGCCCUCACUCUCUCACGGUGAUGGGUCCUUUCCAUAUGAUGGCGUUCCCUGGCAACAGAAUGCUAACCAGGCCCCGGGUUCGUUGUCGGUGGUUACGACGGUGUGGGGAGUUACCAAUACGUCACAAAGUCAGGUAUUGGGUAACCCCAUGGCCAACACCAACAAUCCCAUGAACCCCGGAGGCAAUGCACUAGGGUCGGGUAUGUCAGCCAACAACCCAGGGAUGAACUCACCUCAGUUCCCUGGCCAACAACAACAGUUUUCAGCCAAAGGGGGAUCUAACCAGGCCUACAUGCAGCAAAGCAUGUAUGGCCGUCCAGGGCACCCGGGUGGAGGAGGCUUUGGUGGAAGUUACCCGGGUGGGCCGAAUGCUCCGAGUGGGAUCGGCAUGCCCCCUCAUACACGCCCCCCUUCUGAUUUCACGCAACCUGCUGCUGCAGCUGCUGCCGCCGCUGUUGCUGCUGCCGCUGCCACGGCAACCGCCACUGCCACGGCUACCGUAGCUGCCCUGCAAGAGACCAACAAAGAAAUAAACCAGUACAAUCAGGUCUGUUCGUCUUUCCAGAUGGGACCUACGCAAGGCUACAACAGCCAGUACAUGAACCAGCCUGGGCCCCGUGGCCCACCGUCCAUGGCAGGAGGCAUGAACCCAGCUGGUAUGGGAACCGGCAUGAAUAGCUCCAACGUGAGUGGCCCACCCAUGGGCAUGAACCAGCCCAGAGGUCCAGGAAUGGGACCCUUCGGUGGCCACGGCCAAAGGAUGCCCCAACAGGUAUAUCCUGGCCCCAGACCUCAGUCCAUGCCCAUGCAGGGCACUAAGAGGCCCUAUCCAGGAGAGCCUAACUAUGGAGGCCAGCAGUUUGGGCCCAAUGGCCAGUUUCCCAACCAGCAAGGGCAGUAUCCUAACCCAAAUGCUUCUAGACCUCUUCCUUCACCCAAUUACCCUGGUCAGAGGAUGCCAGGACAGCAGGGCUCUGCCCAAUAUCCCCCAACAGGAGUAGCCAUGAGCCAAUACUAUAAGCAAGAGCCUUUUAAUGGUCAGAGUAACACUUUCUCUGGAGGCGGUUAUGGGUUCAAUCAAGGAAAUGGGCCUCCUCGGCAGGUGGUAAACUACCCCCACUCGCCAGUUCCCGGAAACCCCACUCCACCCAUGACUCCGGGAAGUAGUAUCCCUCCAUACCCGUCACCCAACCAGGACGUCAAGCCCCCGUUUCCUCCAGACAUGAAGCCAAACAUGACGUCUCUGCCUCCACCUCCGACCAACCCCAACGAAGAGCUGCGUCUAACAUUCCCUGUAAGGGAUGGGGUGGUGCUGGAGCCCUUCAGACUAGAGCACAACCUGGCUGUCAGUAACCACGUCUUCCAUCUGCGCCCCUCUGUCCACCAGACACUCAUGUGGAGGUCUGAUCUGGAGCUGCAGUUUAAGUGCUACCACCACGAGGACCGGCAAAUGAACACCAACUGGCCCGCAUCCGUCCAAGUCAGCGUCAACGCCACCCCCCUCACAAUUGAGAGGGGUGACAAUAAGACAUCUCACAAACCCCUGCACCUGAAGCAUGUGUGUCAGCCGGGAAGAAACACCAUCCAGAUCACAGUCACAGCCUGCUGUUGUUCACACUUAUUCGUGCUGCAGCUGGUCCACAGGCCGUCGGUGAGAUCAGUCCUGCAGGGUCUUCUGAAGAAGAGACUCCUGCCUGCCGAACACUGCAUUACCAAAAUUAAACGAAACUUCAGUAGUGUAGCAGCCUCCUCUGGGAAUGCCACACUAAACGGGGAGGAUGGAGUCGAGCAGACAGCCAUCAAAGUGUCCCUCAAGUGUCCAGUCACAUUCCGACGGAUCCAACUCCCUGCUAGGGGACACGACUGCAAACAUGUGCAGUGCUUUGACUUGGAGUCCUAUCUGCAGCUAAACUGUGAGAGAGGAACGUGGCGAUGUCCUGUAUGCAAUAAAACAGCAUUGUUGGAAGGACUGGAAGUGGAUCAGUACAUGUGGGGAAUUCUCAAUGCCAUUCAAAAUUCAGAGUUUGAAGAGGUCACCAUCGACCCAACAUGUAGUUGGAGGCCGGUGCCCAUAAAGUCAGACAUUCAUAUAAAGGAGGACCCAGAUGGCCUUUUGGCCAAGCGUUUUAAAACCAUGAGUCCCAGUCAAAUGAUCAUGCCAAAUGUGAUGGAUAUGAUUGCCCAGCUGUGUCCUGGCCCUUCACCCUACACCUCCCUACCCCCGCAUCAUGGGGGAAACAAUGGCGAAUAUGGGAGCCAAGUUAGAGGCAAUAGUUACCAGGGCCAUGGAAACUUUGACUUCUCUCACAGUAACUCUGGUGGCGGAGCUCCCAUGAAUGACUUCAUGCAUGGACCCCAGCUUUCCCAUCCACCAGACUUGCCCAACAGCCUCAUGGCCCCCGACAAGCCUCUAGGCCACGGCAUGCCCGACUCGAUGCCCCAUCCCGUGAGUGCUGAUCAAUCCCAUGCUUCCAUGCAGCCAGGCAUGCACGCAUCCCCACACCCCAACAGCCAAGCAGUUCAGCCAUUGCAUCACAGCGCCCCAUCCUCCCAGCCCCCCCGCCAGCCCAGCCAAAAUAGUCACCCACAUCCCGAUAUGACCUUCAACCCUGCUACAGAUGGACAGGCAGGUGGCCAGGUACCUGCAGACCUGCCUGAGCCUUCUCUGGAUCUUCUGCCAGAAUUGCCGAACCCAGAUGAGUUGCUGUCAUACUUGGAUCCCCCUGACCUCCCAAGCAGCAGCAAUGACGAUCUGCUCUCCCUCUUUGAGAACAACUGACUUCCUUCUAUUGGCCUUUUAGAGAGGCCUUAAUUUGUUUGGCUGUCAGGAAUCAAGAGGCACUCUAAGGACUGACUCUGUACUUUGUAAACAGGAAACAGCCAUCCUUUUGCCUCUUCCUCGUGUAAAUAUCUCACUCUUUUACAAGCAACCUUUUCAACACAUAUAUGACAGCCAUGUUGGUUGGCACUAAAGUGAUAUGUUUCAAUACUAAUGGAAAUACACGUGCAGCUAUAAUCAGUUCAUAUGAAUAUGUCACACAGAUCUGUGUAUCUGCUCACUAGGAAAGUAUUGUAGCAUUUUUUUAAAUUCAGAUUAAGAUUUUUCCUUUUGUGAAAAAGAAGAACUGAAUGGACUAAUUCAUAUAUAUAUAUAUAUAUAUAUAUAUAUAUAUAUAUAUAUAUAUAUGAAGUCAGAAGUUUACAUGCACUUAGGUUGAAGUCAUUACAACAGAUUUUUUAACCAAUCCACAGAUUUCAUAUUAGCAAACUAUAGUUUUGGCAAGUCAUUUAGGACAUCUACUUUGUGCAUAACAAGAGUAACUUUUCCAACAAUUAUUUACUGACAGAUUGUUUCACUUUUAAUUGACUAUAUCGCAAAUUACAGUGUGUCAGAAGUUUACAUUCACUAAGUUAACUAUGCAGCUUGGAAAAUUCCAGAAAAUUAUGUCAAGCCUUUAGGCAAUUAGCCAAUUAUCUUCUGAUAGGCUAAUUGGAGUCAAUUAGAGGUGUACUUGUGGAUUUAUUUUAAGGCCUACCUUCAAACUCAUUUCCUCUUUGCUUGACAUAAUGGGAAAAUCAAAAGAAAACAGCAAUGACCUCAGAAAUAAAAAUUGUGGACCUCCAUAAGUGUGGUUCAGCCUUGGGAGCAAUUCCCAAAUGCCCAAAGGUACCACGUUCAUCUGUAAAAACAAUACUACACAAGUAUAAACACCAUGGGACCAUGCAGCCAUCAUACUGCCAAGGAAGAAGAUGCAUUCUGUCUCCUAGAGGUGAACAUAGUUUGGUGCAAAAGUGCAAAUCAAUCCCAGGAAAACGGCAAAGAACCCUGUGAAGAUGCUGGAGGGAACAGGUAGACAAGUAUCUAUAUCCACAGUAAAACGAGUCCUAUAUCAACAUAACCUGAAAGGCUGCCCAGCAAGGAAGACGACACUGCUCCAAAAUUGGCAUAAAAAACCAAACUACAGUUUUUCAAGUGCACAUGGGGACAAAUAUCUUACUUUUUGGGGAAAUGUCCUCUAGUUUUAUGAAAAAAAUUAACUGUUUGGCCAUAGUGACCAUUGUGAUGUUUGGAGGAAAAAGGGUGAGGCUUGCAAGCCAUAGAAUACCAUUCCAACCGUGAAGCAUGGGGGUGGCAGCAUCAUGUUGUGGGGGUGCCUUGCUGGAGGGACUGGUGCACUUCACAAAAUAGCAUGAAAAAUGGCAUUAUGAGGAAAGAAAACGAUUUGGAUAUAUUGAAGCAACAUCAGCCAGGAAGUUAAAGCUCAUCGCAAAUGGGUAUUCCAAUUGGACAAUGACUCCAAACAUACCUCCAAAAUUGUGGCAAAAUGGCUUAAGGACAACAAAGUCAAGGUAUUGGAGUAGCCACCACAAAGCCCUUAUCUCAGUCCGCUAGACAAUUUGUGGGUAGAACUGAAAAGGUGUGUGCAAUAAAGGAGGCCUACAAAUCUGACUAAGUUACACCAGUUGUCUGGAGGAAUGGGCCAAAAUUCCAGCAACUUUUUGUGAGAAGCUUGUGGAAGGCUACUCAUAACGUUUGACCCAAGUUAAACAAUUUAAAGGCAAUGCUACCAAAUGCUAACAAAGUGUAUGUAAACUUCUGACCCCCUGGGAAUGUGAUGAAAGAAGUAAAAGCUGAAAUAAAUCAUUAUCUCUACUAUUAUUCUAACAUUUCAUAUUCUUAAAAUUAAUAGUAGUGAUCCUAACUGACCUAAGACAGGGAAUGUAUUCUACGAUUAAAUGUGAGGAAUUGUGAAAGACUGAGUUUAAAUGUAUUUGGCUAAGGUGUAUGUAAACUUCUGACUUCAACUAUAUGUAUAUGUAUAUAUAUAUAUAUAUAUAUAUAUAUAUGUGUGUGUGUGUGUGUGUGUGUGUGUGUGUGUGUGUGUGUGUGUGUGUGUGUGUGUGUGUGUGUGUGUGUGUAUAUGUAUAUAUGUAUAUAUUGCUUCCUGUACCGCCAUAUGUGUGUCCGCAAUCUCUUGAAGGUUUGCUCUUCCAAGCUCUACCAUCAUAGCUUCCCAAAUCCUUGUCAAAUGUCCUCAGCUGCUUGUCUGUCCAUCACCCUUGAAAAGCACAAGAGAAUGCAUUAAACUGCACCUGGAAGGAGACAACAAAUGGAAGAAAGCUUAUAUCACAAUCAAAGUGACUAUUGGCCCCAGAAUGAUCUACAGUCCCACCUAAGAGACUAAUGAUGGAAGUUUCUGAAAGUCCUCCAACACUCCCAAACUCUCAUUCUCUCAUUCUUGUCACACCAUAGGAUACAUAAGAAUGUGUUCUUUUCAAGUAAACAGCAGCUUUUCACCUCAUUUUGUAAUAUGAUUCAUAUGUCCACCACAUUCAGGCAUAUGCGUCAUGUUCAAAAUUAAACAAAUGCUAGAGGGCAUCACGGCAUGUAUUGUUUCCUUCUCAAGACAAAAAAGUUUCAGCACUGUAAUCUUGGCAUUGCGCAUCUUCCAAUAGACUAUACCUCCUCCCGCAAUGUCCUUUGGAUUCUCCACACUAAUGAUCACACAACACAAGAAGAAAGCAAUUCACAUAGUUCACAAGAGUAGUGAGUCUUGUGCCACCCUAAGUCCUGUGUCAUCUGCCUUCUCUGAGAGUACUCGCCAUGCAUGAGGCUUGGUCGUUUUAGGCCUGUGAUAUUUGUACCUCUCUUUCAACAAACUGCAUACAAUGUUUAAACAUUCAGUGUUGCCAAUCGCCCCUUAUUUUAGUGAUUUAUUUUUUUGUUUGUUUGUUUGUUUUAAUUCAGCCUUUUAUUCAUGAACUGUCGUGGUAAAAUUGUAUUUUAUAAUGCACAAUAUAUUGUACAAAUUAUGGCAAUUUUUUUCUUUUUGUCCUGUUGUUACAAUUGUACAAAAUAUGUACAUGUAUUACAAGAUGUCCAUGGAUUACCAAAGUUAUGCACCCUGAUAUAAGAAGGUGGCCCAAACCUAUUUUGACAAGGUUAAACCUAUUUUUAACCAAGUUGUUAACCAUAGAAUUUGAUAAAAUGUGUAAUUCCUUCUCACUUUUAUCAUUUUGUUUACAUGUAAAAUCAUAGUAAUUAUACAACAAACAAUGAAGAAAGUGUUUUUUAGAAUAUGUUUUAUAUUUGUAGAUUUUACAUUUUAAUUCAACUUUAACAUUAAGCUAUAUAUUAACUCCUUACCCAUCAAAAAUAUUACAGAAACAAGUAUACAAUUUAUAUAACACAGCAGCUCACUAAAGGUUAUCAGUGUCCACUUGUACAAUGCAGAUUUUUUUUUAAUGAGAGAGAGUUUUCUGGAUUUUAUUUCAAAUCAAUAAUGCGUGCUUGAAUAAUUUUCAGUAUUUAUGUUUGUAGUGAUGACAUUUCCAUGAUACUGAUGUUUCUCAAAGGCUGUCACCUGUCCAUCACCGUUUGAAACAUGUUUCCACUAAGUUAUUUUUUUAUGAAUUGCAAUAUUCGUUUAAUUUUUUUUCUGUCGUUCUUGGUGUGUAGAAUUAUGUACAAAAAUAAUAUUUGUCAUUGACAAUUGAAAUACUUAGAACUCUGACAGGAAAAUGUGGGUUCAAGGUGUAUAGAGUCUGUCUGUUAUUCACUUGUAUAUCCUUUUUCAAAGAUGCACUGCCACAUAGUCGAUCCCACUUUGUAGACACAAAUAGGCGUAAACUGAACUUUAAGACUCAAAGUCGGCUCAUGCUGAAGUCUGAGCUGUCACCUACUAUUGCUGUACAGACUGCUGAGGCAAAAACAGAAAGGGUUAAAUGAAUUAGACCGUGUUCGCCACAGGUGAGGGUUCGAAGAGGGUUGAAGAGAAACUGGGGAAGGGGCACAUUAGGGAUGCAUGUACAUAUUGUAAAUGAUAAAUAGAGACACAUUAACAGAAAUGUAUUCAUUUUCCCCAGGGGAAUGUGCAUUGUGUAUUUAGAAUUUGUAAAGCUUGCAUCCUCCCAUCAGAAUCUAAAUUGGGUUAAAUUAAUCAGUGUUUGUUAGCGUCUGUGGAACCUCUCAGCAUUUGUUCACUUUUGUAAAAUAUCCAUCCAACAUGACAAUUUUUGGCGGGGGUAUAAAGAGACACAUUUGUUUUACAUUUGUGUAAUAUUUAGCUUAAGUGUAUUGCUCCAUUUCUUGUGUACUUAACAAGGUGCUACAAAAGAAGAAAAUCCUGGGGAAUAAUUUGGAAAAUAGGGCCGGGGGCCAGGAGCGGUUCCAAAAGAUUGUAACCAAAAUCCAGAGUUUGUACAAUUUUGAUAUCAUGAUCAGGAAAAUUAAAAAACAAGGUACAAUCUGAGGUGAUUGGCACCAAACGUUGCAGUUGUCUUUGCUUGUACAUUCUGUUGUACAAUCAUUUCAUAUUCUAAACUGGUCAGAAGAAAAAAAAGACAAAAACAACAAAAAACUAAUUGUGAUUUUUAGUCUUGCAAAACUGUAUGUAGUUAGAUGCUGUGACAUCCUAAUAUUUAUCUAAUAAAUAUGUAUU